UCAUCUUUUUUUUCAUUAAAUGUUUGGAUGUCCUUGGCCGAUGCCGUAUAAAAGUCAGGCAGUCGGCCGAAGCAUUAAGAGUAACAACAGAUUUCCAUCCAACGGCUGAACGACAGCAUCAAUACAAAGAGAGGGAGAGAAGACAGGUGUGAAGAAUGUGUCCUGUGUGGCUAUUGGUGUCUGUGGCAGUGGUGGGUGUGGCCAAAGGAGGUGUCAGUCAAUGUUGGGAACAUGCCAGCUGUCAAGAACUCAACUCUGAAAGCAGGAUGAUGGAGUGUAUCGAGCUCUGUCACUCGGAUAUCAACGCUGAAACGCCAGUGUUCCCUGGAAACGCCCACCUGCAGCCUGUUCCUCCAUCAGACUCUCACUCCCCACCUCCCUUUUCUGUUUCUACAUCGUCCUCCUUUCGCCAUCCUUUCUCCUCCUCCAACUCCUCUCCUCAAACCAAGCGCUCCUACUCCAUGGAGCAUUUCCGCUGGGGGAAGCCGGUCGGGAGAAAGCGUCGCCCAGUCAAAGUCUACACCUCCAACGGUGUGGAGGAAGAGUCUGCGGAUGUGUUUCCUGAAGAGUUGAUCAGGCGGGAGCUGACCAAUGAGGUGCUGGCUCGGGAGGAGGAGGAGGAGAAAGCACAGCAGGUGGUGCAGGAAGAGGAGAACCAGCUUUUGAGUGGCAUCCAAGAGAAGAAAGACGACUUGUACAAGAUGAAGCAGUUCCGUUGGAGUGGCCCGCCAGCGAGCAAACGUUACGGUGGCUUCAUGAAGAGCUGGGACGAACGCGUCCAGACGCCGCUGCUGACGCUCUUCAAAAACAUCAUCAACAAAGAUGGACAGCAGCAGUGAAGCAGGGAGACAGGAGGUGGCAAGGAUUUCUUAGCCAACCACACCACCAGCUGAUUGGCUGUUUCUCUCACAGGCAGAAAAAAAAAAAAAAAAAGGCAACAAAAAAAUUCAAAAUGGUCAGAAAAACCAGUUCUAUGUUGAAAUACGAGAAUGAUAAGGUUUUGAUAUUGUUUUUUGUGAAUAACUGCAAAUAGAAUUAAAACAAAUUAUUUGCAAGCAAAAA